GUAAAAACUAGAGCCAAGAUGGAACAUCGUAUGGAGGCCUUUGAGCAGGAGAUGAGAACUACCAUCGCGAAUCUCACUGUCACGAUGAAUGAGCAGAUCCAGAACAGCAUAUCGGCAUCCAUGGCAGCUUAUCAGAACAGGAGGGAGCCCUCCAGAGGGAGAUCGCGGACACCACAUCAUCGUCGAUCGCGAUCACCGCAUCACUGUCGAUCGUGAACGCCACACAGCCCUUCACACUCGAGAGGUAACUCAGUUCACUCGCACCAUCAUAAUCAUCCGAGAAGUAAUGAGAAUAACAGGCUCCCCCUCCAUACGGGUAGAAAAAUAGAUCUACCUUUGUUUAACGGAGAUGGAGCCUAUAACUGGAUUGUAAGGAUGGAGAGGUACUUCCGGCUGAACCUAAUUGAGGAAGGUGACAAAGUAGAAGCAUCUGUUGUCGCUAUGGAAGAACGGGCCCUCAACUGGUUCCAGUGGUGGGAGACCCAAACGGAGGAGCGGAACUGGGAAGCUUUGAAGGAAGCCAUUAUACGCAGAUUUCAACCUGAUUUGAUCCAAAACCCUUAUGGACCAAUGCUGAGUCUUAAACAACGGGGUACUGUGAAGGAAUACAGAGAAGAGUUUGAGAUGGUUAUUGCUCCGCAAAGAAAUUUUGACAGGGAUAUACUGAGGGGAAUUUUCAUUAAUGGGCUUAAGCCGGAAAUUAAGUCUGAACUGAAACUAUUCAAUUCCAGGUCCCUGGCUGAAAUUAUGGAUACAUCACUGUUGAUUGAGACCAGGAAUGAGGCCCUCUAUAUUCGGAAUAAGGAGGAAGAUAAAUCAAACUGGAAGGAUAAGGGACCUAUCACUUAUAAACCAGCAGUUUGGGGAGAAGGAUACAAGUCUAAAUCUAGUAAUUCAUGGCCCAGCACAAGUGGGAAGAAUGCUGCAGAAAACAAGAGUAACCCAUCCUGGUUUACUCCUGAGGGAAAGAAGGAGACUGAAAUAAAUCCCUCAGACAUCAGGAGGGUGGGGCCACAACUGUCACAAGAAGAAUAUCUGGACAGGAGCAGGAAGGGACUUUGUUUUAAGUGUGGAGAAAAAUGGAACAAAGAACACUCUUGCAAACUAAAGAAUUAUAAACUCAUAAUGGUGGAAGAUUCUGAUAAUGAGGAAGACAUAGAAGGUGCAAAGGUAGAAAUUAAAGCUGAAGAAGGAACUACCAUGGAAUUUAAGUCCAUGCAACUUUCUGUUAUGAGUAAGGAAGGGAUACAUUCUCUGAGGACUUUCAAGGUCAAUGGGAGUUUAGAAUGGGCUGAAGGGAAGGCAGAGGUUGCUGUACUCAUUGACAGUGGGGCUACCCACAACUUCAUUUCCCAAAACCUGGUGAAACAACUGGAACUACCUUAUACUACCACCCCGGGGUACAAGGUUCAAAUUGGGAAUGGAGAGAAGGUUUCCAACAACGGUCGAUGUGAGAAUCUGACUUUGUGUAUGCAGGGUACUAACAUAAAGCAAAAGUUCUAUAUGUUAAAUUUAGAAGGAACUGAUUUAGUGUUGGGCAUGGAGUGGCUGACUACUUUGGGGAAUGUGGAGAUAAACUUUCAGAAGCAGAGUAUUAAAUGGAAGGUUCAGGGGGUAGCUCAGCAGAUUCAAGGAGAUCCACACCUGAAUUCCAUGGAGAUAUCAUUGAAAACCAUGACUCAGAUUCUGCAGGACACUGGUGUGGGGUAUUUUAUGUUUUGUGAAGGACAAUCUGUGAAUGAAAAGAGUGUGGCUUGUGCUGGAAGUCUGGAAAAAAAUCUGGGGGCUUUGACAAAAUCUUGGGUGCAGGAUGAUCCACAGUUUAUUACAAUUGAAGAGUACAUGUUCAACCAAUGUGAUGCAAAGCUGGGGGUGACAGUAAAGAAAAGUGCAGUCAAGUUGGGGGAGAAAAUCUUGAAACCUGG